UGCGCAUGCGCGUCCCUCUUUCUUCCUUUCCGACGCUCGAGCGAAAAGAGACAAGAUGGGCCAUCAGCAGCUCUAUUGGAGUCACCCCAGGAAAUUCGGACAGGGAUCCAGAUCCUGCCGAGUGUGCUCGAACAGACACGGUUUGAUCCGUAAAUACGGGCUCAACAUGUGCCGCCAGUGCUUCAGGCAGUACGCUAAAGACAUCGGCUUCGUCAAGCUGGAUUAAAUGUCUCCCUCUCAUCCGAUGGGUAAAGAAGACUGGCCAAGAUGGGAUAAUUGAGCACUGCUAAUAAAUGACUUUUUUUGACCAAUCUAAUU